AUGUUCUUGCUGUUCUCUUUGAAAGUGGUACGUCUUUCUUUGUUGAUUUCAUUUCAGGUGAAAGUAGAGGACAUUGAAACAGCCCUUGAUGGUGAAGUCACUAAAAUUGAGGAGUCGUCUUUUGAUGCCAAGGGUUGUACCAUCACUGUCGAAUCAAUCUCCACGGUAGAUGAAAAACUUGUACUGAAAAGCUUGUAUAAGAAGAUUGCAGAAAAUCAGAAAGCAGAAGAGGCAAUGAAGACUACCGCUGCCAAAUUAUCUACAGUUCAAGGGGAGUUGGAGCGUUCAAAAUCACAAGCGCAAGAAAAAUUGGAGAUCAUCGAAAAUGACCUCCAGGCGGCACGAAUGAGAGAAAAUGAAGUUAUUGAGAAGCUCAAGUCAACCGAGGAGCAGUUACAAGAACAGGGUAAAGUGUUUGAGAAAGCCACUGCGAGAAGCAUAGAGCUUGAAUCAUUAUACAGAACUCUAACAAGGGAAUCAGAGCAGAGACUCCAAGAAGCAUUAGCUAAUUUCACCAGAAGAGAUUCUGAGGCAAAAUCUUUGAGAGAGAAAUUAACGAGUCUUGAAAAUCAAGUUAAAAGUUGUCAAGAUCAGCUAGCUGAAGCAAAUGAAAGAUAUGCAGCUGUGAAGGAAGAGCUUAAUCAGAUUGUAGUGAAGCUAGCUUCUUCUGAGAAUGCCAAUAAAGACUUGAAACAAAAGAUUUUGGAUGCAGAAGGUAAAACUGAACAGUAUGUUGCAGAGAUGAAAUUGUUAGCCAAUACCAACUUACAGCUCACCGAAGCCCACAUUUCAAGAGUAGAAGCACAGCUGGAAAGAGAAGUUAAGAAAAAUUCAAAGCUUACUCAAGAACUGGCUUCACAUAUGUCCCAGUUAAGUGAUUUAGAAACCAAACUGUCAACUGUUUCUUCCGAGAAAAAUGUUGCAGUUGAAAAGCUUCAGUCUGCUAGAAAAGACAUGGAAUAUUUGAGACAGAAACUUCGGGAGAAGGAGAAAGAGAAGGAGAAAGAGGAGGAGAAGAAAGACUGCAAAAUUCAAUGA